AUGGCCCCAUCAAGGGUAUUCUCAAGCCUGGCCGCAACAAGUUCCCUGAGGACCCAAGCCCCACCCGUGAGGGCGUCGCGCCGCUUGGAGACGCGCUUAAUGAUGGGAUAUAUCUUCGUCCAUCGCGUGCCGAAGGAGCCCCCCCCGCCAGAUGCACGCUGGACAAAGAUAAACCGCCUCCUUGUGAACCCACAGGCGCUAGACGAUGGUGGGGAGAGAUACGAGGCUAGGGAUGACUUCGUGGUUGUGCUGAGAGUAUUAAGUAAAGAGGAGAUACUGACAUAUGCUGAUGCAACAGUGAAGAUUCGCGCUGCACGAGGAGUUGAAGACGAGGCGCGCGACGAGCGGAAAAUCAAACGCAUACCGCCACCAUCGCCAGCACCCGAGGAGGAUGCGUCCGAUGGAGAUGAUGAGGGAAACAACUCGGAGCGCUCCCACAAACGCAAGUUAGCGAGUCUGCGACCGACUCAACAGGAGAGCCAUGACCUUCAAAAGGAGGAAAUUCCCCGCGACUCACGCUGGACGAAGAUAGAUCGCAAGAUUGUUAGCCCUGAGAGGCUAACCCAGGCAGGAGAGUCUUUUGAGGAAAGGGAUGACUUCUCGCCUAGGGUCGGGUCGGCGAAAAGUGCCCAGCUCUUGAUGGGGCCGCUAGAGAAGCGGAUGACGGGCGUGCUUAUGAUGAAGGAGCGGUUGCCGGGGUAUGAUGAUCCGGCGGUGCGGAGGAGCUUUACGGAGGCGUAUACGGCGUUCACGGAGGUGACGUUUAGGAGCCGCAUGGUGCAGGAGAGGUACGUGGAGGACUUGGUGUUGGUAUUUUACGCGAAUGCGCUCAAGUCACUACAGAGGGGGACGCCGCCAGGGGAUGACUCGUGGAAGAAUCUGAUAUAUCGACAUGUGGCGCUGUUUCUGAGGCUGCUGAGUAGUACCAUGAAGGAUCAUGGGUAUGGUAAGGAUCGGCCAGACCUGAUGAGUCGGCUAGCAACGGCAGAGAAGAAGCUCCUGAGGGACGACCAGGACGAUAAGUCCAAUAAGUCCUGGUCGUCCGUCAGGAGCUUCUUGUACGAAGACGAGGUUGAAGCUGGAAGCGCGACUGCCCUCUUAGUUUCACGAGCAGAUAGAAUGGAAGAGGGCGGCGACGUGCGUGAGGGGCGCGAGGACAGAGGCACGCCGAUGCUGGAGCAGCCGCCUAUACCGCCUGGACAUGAAACAGAUUUGGAGAAGACGAUCGCUGUCAUCGCACGUAUGAAAAGUGUAACCAAAAGAAUACAACAAAAAUGGGACACUCUCCACCCUCUCAUUGACCCGCCUGAAGCAUUCCUCGAGGAAGGUAAACGUUUGGAAUCAGUUCUAGGCUUCCUUAAGGCAACUAAACCCAAGGAAUAUGAACUAGACGACGCUACCAUAAAAGACUUGAGGCAACUACUUAUAUCAUGCUUAGAAAUCGCCCGGAAGGUCGACAAAAUCUUCAAAGAGGAGGAACCUACCAGAGAUGAAGACGGGAAGCUUACCCGACCCAGAAAGAUAGUAGGACCACCAUUUAAAAGUAGACUACUGGCAGAAGAGUUCAUACAGGGGGUUAUAAGGGAUGUUCGAUUUAUAGCAACUAAUAUGCAGGUUGGACUUGUAACCAAAGAGCAACCAACGCCAACCCUUCCCACCAAUCCGCGAAAAUCGACAAAAAAACGGCCUUACCCCCCUCCCCCCCCCCGUCACUCAUCGACAACCCCCUGUACUUCACCGCGCCCCUCCUUCCAUCUAUGCCCCGCGCUACACUUCCUCCUCCGCAACUAUCGCUACAAUCACAUUCCCAUGCACCUUCGCCUUUGCCGGUUGCUCCUCAGUGUUCACUUUAAAAGACUAUUGGAAGCGCCAUGUCGCUAACAAUCACAUGAGCUUCGUCUACUGGAAAUGCCCUCUCAAACCGUGCCCUAGGCCCCUAUUUGACACAGACGACCUCCUCGAGGGACAUCUGAAGUGGGUGCACGAGGCCCCAGAUGACCAGGUAGCGGCGCUGGUAAAGAGGGGGGAACAGCCGGGGAGGAGCCUUAUUAAGGAGAUACGCUGUCCGGCGCCGGGGUGUAUCGAGGAGUGGAUUGGAUGGGUAACGUGGCGUGGGAUGAGAGGAUGGAACAUGUGGCGAAGCAUUGGGAUGCGGUAGCUAAGGGAGAGGAGGAGGGAGGCUGGACCGAGGAGGGAGGCUGGACCGAGGAGGGAGGCGGACUGUUGGAGUGGGCGAUUAGGGAGG